AUGCCUCCCUCCCAACUCAAGAGGUUGAAAGCAUCUCUGCGCGAGCAAGGAGUUGUUGGACCCCAGCAGUCUAAGAAGCAAAGAAAACAAAAUGCGCAAAACGGAGUCAGCAAGGAAAAGAGGGUCCACAAGAAGGUGGCUCUCGAGGGAAUCCGAGAACAGUUCAACCCGUUCGAAUUCAAGCUUGCUGGAAAGGCCCCCAAAUUCGAAGUUACAACAAACAGAAAAACAAGCGCAGUUGUGAGGAGACCAGGUGUGGCGAAGGGACUGGCUGAAGAGAGGUUAGCUAGAGCUUACGAAGAAGAUGUACAACGUAGGAAAAAGGUGGGAGGGAUUGUAGACAAGCGUUUCGGAGAGAAUGAUCCUACAAUGGCCCCAGAAGACAAGAUGCUAGAACGAUUUACAUUGGAAAAGCAACGCCGACACAAGAAUAGUUCUGCUUUCGACUUGGAGGAUGAUGUUAUGCCAGGGGAGCUCACACAUAUGGGACAAUCACUUUCUCUGGAUAGCCCGGCUCUUAAAGAUGAUUUUGAUGAGAAGGAUUUAGAGCUAUCAGACGAAGAGGAUCACCCUUCAGACGAUGAGCAGACACGGAAACGAAGAAGAUCGUCGGCUGGAGAGGAUGAGGAGGAUGAGGAGGAGGAUGAAGAACGGCCAGAACGGAAGAAAUCGAAGCAGGAGGUCAUGAAGGAAUUGAUUGCCAAGUCCAAACUUCACAAGUACGAACGGCAGACUGCUAAGGAUGACGAUGAAGACCUGCGAGAGGAGCUAGAUCUGGAGAUGUCGGAUAUUCAUGCACUCUUACGAGGAGCUGUUCCCAGGUCGCAACCUCCGCCACCAGCAUCAGGUCCAGGAAUGAACCCAGAUCGUGCAGCAUUGCUCAGCGGAACGGAUAAAGGCAAGCUUGACAAAGACUAUGACUUAGGGUUAAGACAGAUGGCGCAAGACAAACGAUCUCAACCAACAGAAAGAACCAAGACAGAAGACGAGAGGAUUGAGGAGGGGUCGAGGAAGCUGCAAGAGUUGGAGGCGAAGCGACAACGUCGCAUGGAAGGCGCCCCUGAAAGUAGCGACGAAGAAGAUGCUGCCGCCAAUGACGGGGAUGAAGAGGAAGAAGACUUUGGACUUGGUUCCGGCCUCAAGGCUCGCCCAACAGCGGCAGAGAUAGGAAUCGAAGACGAAGAUGAUUUUCUCAUUGACGAUGAUUUGGUGGCCAGCGGCUCGGAUUUGGAGCUUUCAGAAGGCGAUUCGUCCGACGAGGAAGCAGAGGAAUUGGACAAUGAUGAAGAAGAUACAGACUUUUUGAAAAGUCUACUCACGGAAGAGGAGGCCAGACGACCCGAAUUUCUCACAGGUGCCAACGGCCCGCUACCGGAGGCGGAAAUGCCAGAACAAAAUGGCGUGAACGGGGAUUUAGCUUAUACCUUCAAGUGUCCCCAGUCCCAUGAAGAGCUUCUGCAGAUCACAAGGGGUGUAUCAGUGUUCGAUUUACCAACUGUUGUACAGCGGAUUAGGGCUCUCUACCACCCCAAGCUCAACAGCGAGAACAAGGCGAAACUGGGAAAAUUUGCCGUAUCUCUUGUAGAUCACAUAUCCUAUCUUGCAAAUCAACCGCAACAACCUCCGUUUCUCAUCUUAGAGACCCUAAUUCGACACAUCCACUCGUUAGCAAAGACUUAUCCCGUCGAGAUCGGAAAUACAUUUAGAAGCCACCUCCAAGCGUUUGGCGAAUCACGAUCUUUGUCUCCAACUGCAGGAGAUUUGGUGGUUCUCACUGCCAUUGGUACUGUUUUCCCAACCUCAGAUCAUUUCCAUCAAGUCGUUACUCCAGCUAUCUUGACCAUGACUCGAUAUCUCGGCCUAAAGAUACCUCAGACUCUAUCAGACUAUUCUACAGGGGCAUAUAUUUGCACGCUAUGUCUGCAGUACCAGCGGAUAUCAAAACGAUAUGUUCCGGAAGUGAUGAACUUUAUCGAGAAUACGCUUUGCGUAUUGGCACCAACAAAGCUUGCAAGACUGCCUGGGAACUUUCCAUUGCAUGAGCCAAAGGCUUCAGUCAGAAUAGCUGGUACUUCAAAAUCAACUAGGCGGCUUACAAUCUAUGACUGUAUUCCUCGAGAACAUUCGGGCGACGAUGAAACGUCACUCAAAGCAGCCCUACUAGAAACUAAUCUCAGUCUUCUCGAUGCAGCUGCAGAUACCUGGGUGGACAAGUCAUCAUUCACAGAAGUGUUCACACCCGCCUCCAAGAUCCUCCAGCACCUUUCAAGCAAGGCCUGCCGCCCCACACUCUCCCCAAUCACACAAACCCAUCUCACCAAACUGACCCAAAAGCUCACCAUCCUCCUCAAGAAUGCACACAUGACCCGUCGUCCCCUAGAACUACACCACCACCGCCCACUUGCCAUCAAGACCGCAAUCCCCAAAUUCGAAGAAUCCUACAACCCAGACAAGAAGCACUACGACGCGGACAAAGAACGCGUCGACGCUGCGAAGCUGAGGAAGGAAUUCAAGCGCGAGAAGAAGGGCGCAAUGAGGGAGCUGCGUAAGGAUGCCGCUGUUGUUGCGAGGGAGAGUCUUCGGGAAAAGAGGGAGAGGGAUGCCGCGUAUGAGAAGAAGUAUAAGAGGCUUGUGGCGGAGAUUCAGGGGGAGGAGGGGCACGAAGCGAAGGCUUAUGAGAGGGAGAAGGAGUGGCGGAAGAAGGGGAAGAAAUGA